AUGUGCUUGCCUGUGGUUCGGCCCGACCUCGCGUCGCUGUCGGAUGAUGAUUCGGAAGACGAAGCGCACUGUUAUCAAGCAGAACAAAUCAGAGCUAAGCGCCGGGCACUGUCGCGGGUUUCCUUUGUGAUUGAUCGUGAUUUGUCCCGCGCUUGCGCCCAAUAUCUGGAUGAAGAUGAAGAAGAUACUCUUCAGUUUAUCCAAAAGCACGGCAUGGGCCUGCCAUUUGGCCAGACCUUGCCCCUGCUGAACCCGCCCGACUUGGACUUGAGCUGUGGGCGUCGCAACUCUUCUUUCUUGCAGAUUAGCGACGCUCCUCAUCCGGUCGGUAUGCCGUCGCCAGUGCAGUCGCCCAUGGAGCUGUCGCAAGAGGAUCGCGCCGCGCGUACGCGUUGCUUUGAUUACCUCGUCGGCGCUAUUGACGAAGCAUGGGCUCGUUACUGCGAUGCCGCCACUUACGUUGAAGACGAAGUGUAUGGCUACAACACCCCGCAACUGGUGGUGACUGACGACGAAGAGGACUACUGUGACAACACCACCGACAUCACCGACUACGAGGAUGACGAUGAGGAGGCUGUCAAGCCGUCGCAGUACCUGGCUCCCGUGAGACCUCAGUUUAAGCCACGGAUGCUGAUGCUGGGUCCGCCCACCCCUGCGGGGCUGGCGGCUCUGGCUUCUGGUGCUCCCCACUUGCAACACCUCAAGGACCGUUUGACCAAGGCCAAGUACUACUUGCAAGACCUCGUCGACUCUGACGAUGGCUACAACGUGCUGUGCUUUUGGAAGCGGUGGGACAUGAUCAAGUACGCCACCAUCGAGUUGGUGGAGGACGACGAUGAUGAUGAGGUGGUGGAAGCCACCAUUGAGGAGUUGGAAGCCGGCAGAAUGGCGUAA